UAGUAUUCCUUGGUUCCUAUUGGGAGUUCAUCAAAGUAAUUUAAAUCUUAUACUUAGCUUGAUUAGUCUGGUAAGCCGAUGGACAAAGAAAAACGAAGAACCGAAGAAGAUAUCCCAUACGCUAGGGCAUUAAGUUCGGGUUGAUGGUAAUCGGGUGGAGUGAGCGAUGUGUUGAGCGUAUGACUUAUGGAGAUGAUUCCAGUGCCGGAAUCAUAGCACGCGCCCGAAUAACAACUUCGGACUGAGCGGACGAAAAAACGACGACCUUGCUGCAAUGGCUCCCGCUUCGGGUACCUGAACUCUGACACCUGUACCUAAUGAUGAUCGUAUUUUGCGAGCUUUCGCAGAUGCGCUCCUGCCGUGUGGACGUGAACAGUGAUUCUGCUUUGAUCGGUUUCUUUACUUAAAGCAAAUUGUAGUUCGUUUAAGAGUAGAAAAUGCGUGUGAUUGCAGGGAUUAUUGCUGUGCUUGUGGUGUGUGCUCCUUUUAUUACGGGUGCUCCAAUCGAAGUGGAAAACAGUGACUUAGUCAGCUAUGAGAAUAUGCGGACCGAAAAUGGAUAUCGAUUCUCCUACGAAACUAAGGAUGGACAAGCACGGGAAGAGGUCGGUACGAUCGACCCCACCACAGGGGCAAUGACUGUCACUGGGUGGUACAGCUACCGCACACCAGAUGGCGCCGAGUAUCGGGUGGAUUUCAUUGCAGAUAAAAAUGGUUAUCGAGUCACGCAAGGCCCUGACGUUGAUGACGUUGAUCCCGAUUUCAUCCCGAAUGUUGAAGCAGCUCCUAUCAGCAAUGCACUGCUGCUUUCGCUCGUUGGUUAAGGCUGCAGGUUUAUAAUUUUUACUUGAAUAAUCUCGUGGGGUCUAGCUCAGGUUCAAUAAUAUUUUAAAAUACAAUUCAAUGACAUUUUACGAAACUUGUUCCUUCUGCUAAAAUCGUGUGAUGAAUAAAAUUUAAAAUAUA